AUGUCGGCAAAGUUCAACUACGUGGUGUGCUCCAUAGAGGAAUCCAAUGAUGUAACAACUCUAUCAAUCGAUGAGCUUCAGAGCAGCCUUCUGGUUCAUGAACAACGAAUGCAAGGUCCACGAGAUCACAGUGAAGAACAGGCACUGAAGAUGAGCAAUUGGGAGGAUAAUGUAAAUUAUGUUGAGUAUAAAGAAGAGAUACUCUUGAUGGUAUAUUCUGAGGAAAAUGAAAAGAUCAAGGAGGAAACAUGGUAUAUUGAUAGUGGUUGCAGCAAUCACAUGGUGGGAACCAAAAAAUGGUUCUUUGAUUUUGAUGACAAGUUUAGAGAGUCCGUGAGACUUGGAAAUGAUUCAAAAAUGGCAGUGAUAGGAAAAGGGAAUGUAAAGUUGUGUGUUAAAGGAAGGAUACAUGUAAUCACAAAUGUGUACUACAUUCCAGGAUUAGGGAAUAAUUUGUUGAGGGUGGGACAGUUGCAAUAG